GGUCCCCUGGAGUUGGUGGGGGCGUUUAGGGGUGCUCCUGCGGGGCGUUUGGCCGUGUGCGCGCUGCGGUGUUCGAGGGUCUCCCUGCACUGGGCUGUGUCCCCCGAUCGCCCGUCUCCUAGGGCUCCCCGACCGCCGACCCGCUCCCGGAAGCUACGAAAACGAGUAACAAAGAACCUGCAGGGCUGCCGGCUGCGAGAGCUGCGGGACUCUGGGGUCGGGCUGAGUGGCGGGACCGAGCACCUUCGCGGCGGUGAGCGGCGCGUGACGCGGCGGCCUUCCCUCGGAGCGCCCGGCCCUCGGCGCCCUCUGGAGCGCCAGUCUCUGCAGACGCCCCAGCCCAUUCUGAUCUGAGCUGCUCAAGCUUUGUGCGAAGAACCUACUGAAGUCUGGUUUUAAAUAAAAACUUUUCCUAAGUUUCCGUUUGGGGAUUUUUGUUUUGUUUCGGUGCAGUUUGCAAUACUCUCUACCUCCUCGCCUCCUUUUUCCUCCCGGUGUAUUAUCCGCGGGGCGGACCUGGGAUGAACGUUUCGUAAUUGCAAGCAGAACUGUGAGAAAGCACGUCGGAAUAGUACUCAAGAUGGACAAAAAGUCCUUUGAAACGGUGCUGGAUGAAAUUCGAAAGGCUGUUUUGACAGAAUAUAAAUUAAAAGCAAUUGAAUAUGUUCAUGGGUACUUCUCCAGUGAACAGGUGGUUGACCUCCUCAGGUACUUCUCCUGGGCAGAACCGCAGCUGAAGGCCAUGAAAGCGCUCCAGCAUAAAAUGGUGGCCGUCCACCCAGCGGAAGUGGUCAGCAUCCUCAGCUGCUUCACCUUUAGUAAAGACAAGCUGGCCGCUCUGGAGCUCUUGGCCUCAAACAUCGUGGAUGCACAGAACUCGCGCCCCAUUGAAGAUUUGUUCAGGAUCAACAUGUCGGAGAAGAAACGGUGCAAGAGAGUCCUGGAGCAGGCUUUCAAAGCGGGCUGCAAAGCCCCUCACGCCAUGAUAUCUUCAUGUGGAACCAUCCCAGGAAACCCCUAUCCCAAAGGAAAACCCAGCCGCAUAAAUGGCAUUUUUCCCGGAACGCCUCUGAAAAAGGACGGUGAAGAAAGUACCAAUGAAGGCAAAGGGAUAGCAGCACGGAUUCUUGGGCCGUCCAAACCAGUAUGUCUUGAAAUAAAAGAAGAAACAAGUGUUAAUUCCUAUAUGUGUAGCUUUCUGUAUAAAAUAAGUUUUAUGUGUUUUGCAAAGUUUAAAUGUUGUAAAAAUUCCAGAUCAGAGAGAAUGACCUGCGAAGUUCUCUGUCUUUAUGGUUUCAUUUUAGGUGCUUACAACAAUGCGGGUCUGGUGCCGUUAGCCAAUGUGAUAGCUCCAGGGGUCCCUCCUCCACCUCCGUAUACUCCAAAUCCAGCAGGAACAGACAAUGAAGACCUCUCCAGUCAGUCAAAACCUGCACAGAGUCAAACGUUUUCCACCCCAGCCAGUCAGCUCUUCUCUCCUCAUGGUUCUAAUCCUUCGACCCCUGCUGUGACUCCUGUCCCUGCUGUGUCCCCAGUCAAGGCAGUAAACCAUCCCUCCGUGUCAGCAGCUGCCACUGGGGCCGGAAUGAGUGCUCCCAACGCUGCCCUGUCAGUGUUCCCAGCACCCCAGCCAGCCACGCCAAACCCGACUGUGAUCCGGACUCCCUCGGUGCCCGCGGCACCCGUUACUUCUGCCCACAGCACGACACCUGCUCCUGUCCCUUCCAUUUUCUCUGGCCUAGUGCCCCUGCCAGGUCCCUCUGCCACCCCUUCCCCAUCUCCUCAGGCCAGCUCAACGCCAAGGGUCACACUGGCUUCCAGUGAGACCUUUGCUUCCACUUGUGCCCCGUUCACCAGCCACUCCUUGGCCAGCUCUGCCGCUGGCUCAGCCAGUAACCCAAGCACAGCGUCCCUGUCCUCUGUCUUUGCAGGCCUGCCUUUGCCCUUCCCGCCAGCGUGCCACAGCAGCAUAGCCGCCCCAACUCCCUCGCUGAUUGCCAGUGCUUCAAAUCCGCACGCUGUAAAAAGCCCUCUCCUCUCUGCCUUAAAAGGCUUCCUCACGUCAAAUGACACACACUUAAUCAAUUCCUCUGCCUUGUCGUCUGUGGGCACAAGUGGCCUGGCUUCAUUAUCCCCUUUUCCCAAUCAAAACUCGGAUUCUCCUGCCUCAGCCACUAACAAGUGCUAUGCCCCGGCAGCUGUUGCUGCCACGCAGAGGUCUUCUACCCCAGGAAUGGCCAUGUUCCCAGGCUUGCAGUCCCCUGUGGCCGGCGCCACCUCUGCAGCCCCAGCGCUGCCCGCACAGUCUCCGUUAGCUACUCCCUCCUCCACAGCAGUGCCAGUCAGCUGUGGCUCCUCAGGCUCACUUUUGCAUGGUCCCCAUGCAGGCGGCAUCUCAUCCACCCCUGCUGCAGUCACUGUGCCUGUUAUGAUCAAAAGUGAGCCCACGAGCCCCCCUCCCUCGGCCUUCAAAGGCCCUGCUCACCCCGGGACUCCUGCUCGCGGUACCUUGGGCCUGUCGGGCGCUCUGGGCCGCGGAUACCCUCCGACCUCAGUGCCCAUUAGUGUGUCCACUUGCCUUAACCCUGCACUGUCCGGGCUCUCCAGCCUGAGCAACCCUCUGGCUGGUUCUAUGUCCCUGCCACCACACCCAUCCUCCACGCCCAUUGCUCCUGUGUUCACGGCCCUGCCCCCUUUCACUUCGUUGACCAACAGUUUCCCUCUACCGGGCAGUCCAUCUCUCAAUUCCGCUGUGUCCCUCACGGGGCCGUCAACCACCACAUCUGCAGCUGCACACCCCAGCUCUGCGACCGUGCGCCCAGUGCUGCCCACCUCCAACGCCUCGCCUGCAGCCUUCCCACUCAACCUGUCCACUGCGGUGCCCUCACUCUUCGCGGUCACCCAGGGCCCUCUUCCCGCAUCUAACCCUUCCUACCCUGGCUUCCCUGUCUCCAGUGCCCCAAGUGGUGCCCCCGCACUGCCCUCGUUCCCGGGGCUGCAGGCGCCCUCCACAGUAGCGGUCACCCCACUGCCGGUGGCUGCCUCAGCCCCAUCACCUGCGCCUGUCCUCCCUGGAUUUGCCUCGGCCUUCAGUUCCAACUUCAACUCCGCCCUGGUGGCACAAGCAGGUUUGUCAUCUGGACUCCAAACUGCUGGUAGCUCUGUUUUUCCAGGCCUUCUGUCCCUCCCAGGUAUCCCUGGGUUUCCCCAGACUCCUUCGCAGUCGUCCCUUCAAGACUUGCAGCACAGCGCAGCUGCGCAGUCGGCUUUGUUACAGCAGGUCCAUUCUGCGUCCGCUCUGGAGAGCUACCCCGCCCAACCCGACGGGUUCCCUAGCUAUCCCUCCACACCUGGAACACCAUUUUCUUUGCAACCGGGUCUAUCCCAAAGUGGAUGGCAAUGAGUUUGAAACACAGUUAUUCUUAGGAGCAACAUGAAAUUUGCCCAAGAACUGCAAUGAACAAUCUGACAGAUAUGAAAUUGUCCAAUAGUCCGAAAGGGCGUUCUCUUAGGGACACGGGGACAGAGGUUAGGCGUUCAGGUUCCAUUCUUAAAGUGACUGUAAGUACCAGUACCCCCACUCCUAUACAUGUAAAUAUGCUGACAAUGAAUUGUAUGGAGAAUAGUGGUUUAAAUUAUGUGGGAAUUUUCGCCUCCCAUUCUACAGGGGUUUGAAUUACAUAUGUGAUCUAUUUGACUUGCGUAUGUGAUCUAGACUAUUAAAUAGGAGAUGGAACUCUUCAUAACCAAAUACAGCCUUAAAUCUGCUUGUAUGGCCUCCGUGGACAGAAGUGAUCAUUGUGCCUCAGACUGGGUUGCAUGUGGCCGUGGGGGAGUUGCUAUUCUACAAAUGCAUGCGCGGCUCCAGUUAGCAUCCACUGGAAUGCAGUUCUCCGUGUGUAUUCACAAAGGGGGACUCGAGACCCACUGUUUGUAAUGUUAUUAGUUAUCAUGCAUACUGCUGAAUUUAACUCAGUAUAUUCCAGGUAAAAGUGGUGCUUAUUGUAGUCUUUAGAAUGACUUUCAGGUGUUUUCAACUAAAAAAAAAAAAAAUGUAUACCCAGAACAUAUGUAUAAGGAAGGGAGGCUUAGGAUAAUUUUGCAUCGCAGUUUUCUCAGCAGUAUGCCCACAGGAGAGUCCCCGGCCACCACUCUUACUACUUGUACCCUGGAAGCUCUUGGUGAAUGUUUACAGUCAUGGAUGUAUUUCUACUCAAAUGCCCAUUGGGAAAUAAGCGUGCGGCAGUGGUUGAGGAGGCUCGCUCUGUCAGGAAGCGCAGCAUGCGCUACAGGCCCUGGUGGCAGAAUGUGACCCACCAUCGUCCUCAGCAGCGUCUGCCGCAUUAGGGGAGGGGGUGUAGGACGGAUGUAAACCGUAGACUCUGCUGUAGCACAUCUCAACACCUAGAGGUUCUACUUUUAUAAAGAUGGUGUCCGGAAGAUGUUGCAAAUGUAUUUUCCUUUGACAUGGGGAACAAACUUUUUAAGUAUAUUGAAUAAUCCUGUAUGGUUAGUUUUUAACAUUUUUUAAAAUAAACUUUAUGAAUAUGACAAA